AUGGCUCAAUUCCCUUACGAAUUUGAAAGAAAAGAAAAGUUAGAAACUAAAAAGGACGAUCAAUAUUUUGAAGAAAUCAUUGAUAUAGAUGAAAAUAUCUCAAAGGAUUUUGAAUUUCUAUCAAAUGCACCAAUUUCAGAAAAUGAUCAUUUUGUUUUUCAAUCAGAAAAAGACUGGACUGUUGAUAUUUCUAAAUAUUCUGAAUUUUUUACAAUAGAUCUAAAGACAUUAUCUGCAGCAAUAGAAGCAAUUCCAUUUAAUAACAAUGUUAAUAUUGAUACAAAAUAUUUUACUGAUGACCAGAUAACAGAUAUUUAUAAUAAUGCUGAACGAGGAAAAGAGAAAUAUAACAAAAUAUUAAAUACAGAAGAAAUAGUUACAAAUAUUAAAAAAGAUGAAAACAAAAAUCAAGAUUCAUUAGAAAACACAGCUGAAGAAUUAGAUUUUUUAUUAUCAUGUCGAGAACCUAUAAAUGAUCCUUUAAUGAUUGUAAAAUCUUUACCUCUUUCUUGUAAUAUUGAUUCAAAAAUAAAAACUAAAUCUAAUACAUCUACUAAAUCUUUAGAUUUAGAAAAGUGGUUGGAUUCUAUAUUGGAUGAUUAAAAAAAAUUAUUAUUAA